AUGCAGGCAUUAAUCCCGCUCUUGGACGCAUUCAUUCGUUCGCUCAGCACAUGUACAGCAGCCAAUGACGGCCGCGGCGCCUUCUCGCAUCGCACCAUUAGAACUCCCGGUAAACUAGGGCGGGCGUCCCUCGCGCCCCAAUCCAGCCUCGGGUCGGAUCUUAAUAUUGACACGAUGACGGUUCGAAUGAUGAUGAUACGAAAUAUUACCGAAUUCUGUUCUGUGCACUUUGUCUUUACGAACAGCGGGAACCGCUUCCGAGAGUUUGCGCCUCGAGCAACUGGCAGCGAGAAAAAAGGCGGGACCGCGGCGCCGCCAUGGGUGCCUGUGGAGUGUGUACUGAGAGCUAGAAGACACGAAGAUGUGCGAAAGAGGGUAGGCAACCAAAUAACCAAAUCGAAGAGCGCUUACACACACCCUCCGUUUAGCGCCUAUGUCCAAAACCACAAACAAAACUGGAACACGAUUCCAAUACCCUCAACACAAUAUCCCGGUCCUAUCCACCGGCAUCCAACAACGACGCCGGCACCCGUAUUGAUCCUGCAGCACAGAGCUUUGGAAAUCGCAGCGCAACGCACCACAACAUCUGUGCCAAAAUCUCAAAAUCAACGUAUCCCGACAUCUGCGGUGCCCCGGCAAGUACUCAGCAAAGUCCAUCUCGACGCUCGAAUCCUCGAUCCACAAUGGACACCCGAUAACGCACCGUCGCACGCACACCUUCAAAAUCUCGCAGCGCCUCUAACGGAGCGCCCGCUGAACCGAGGCUGGGACCCCGGGACCCAGCCCAUCCCAGCCCACAGCGGAAGAGAAACUCGAAGACGGAGUCAGAACGAGUCGGAGACGCGGGGCCGAUUCGAUGAUGGUUUCAGAGAUCUAGAACUGGCUCCGAGGUUCUGUGUCGGUGCUGGUGGGCUAGCGCGUUUCAUUCUCGUCGCCGCCUCGGUAGAUCGCGCCAUUUGUAUCGGCGAUAGUCGAGCGGAGGAGUGGGACUCCGAAAACAUGUCGGCAGCGCGCGAGAUGGAGGGUAAAAAACUGUUUGUGGCACGUGUUGUUCUGCUCUCGAAUGAGCAGUCGAGUCCCAAUAAUCCAGGAUACGAGAUACACAUCACUGUGGACAGCAGCGAUCAUGAUGAGACGAAACUGACGCGACAUACGUGCACUCGGAAGGAAUAA